AUUGACUGUAGACACCCUGAGAAGGAGAUGAGAGCGUCCAUCUUGUGAAAGUCGCAUGGGGAACUCGAGGUUCUUGAUUGAGAAGGAGAUGAGAGCGUCCAUCUUGUGAAAGUCGCAUGGGGAACUCGAGGUUCUUGAUUGAGAAGGAGAUGAGAGCGUCCAUCUUGUGAAAGUCGCAUGGGGAACUCGAGGUUCUUGAUUGAGAAGGAGAUGAGAGCGUCCAUCUUGUGAAAGUCGCAUGGGGAACUCGAGGUUCUUGAUUGCUGGACUAACUAAAGUUGAUCUCACUCUGAAAAGUUUUGCACUCUUUAUUCAAGAAGUCUUUAGACCAGAGACCGAUGACGAUUUUCUUUUAAAGAAGGAAAAAAACCCUGGUUGGGUUUUUUUUUCUGGAGUUGAAUUCUCCUGCAAAGGAGUGGCGAGCCUACCUUAUUGAAGAUACACUGAAGAUUUCUACCCUGAAAUUUACUUUUUUUCCUUUUCCUGGAAUUUCUUUUGGAUUUCAAAGGACUGUUUUCAUUCUUCUCGAAGUUCUACAGAGUGGUAGGAAUAUCGACUCACACUACAUACACACCAACAAGGACAUUGGUUUUAAUUAGAACUUCUUAUUUCAAACUAACUGUAUUAUUUUAAACAAGAGGUACUGAAUAUAUGUUUAUAUGGUACACCUUUCUGUCUAAUAAAUGUAUGCCAGCUGUUAAAAAAAAAAACACACCGAAUAUUCUUUUGUUAAUUUCUAGUUAUACUAACCGCUCAUACGAACCUAGAAUUAGAAGUAGCCAAAGGUGGGUUACACAGAGUAAAGGUGAGGGUUAAAGGCAAAGCACACCACCUCAUGUCUGCUGUGGUUCCUGAUGGACAUGAUUCACUAUUAGGUGACAAAGCUUGUGAGGACUUGAAUCUAGUUCAACGAAUCUACCGAAUCAACUCAUCCAAUGUAGCAGUAAACACACACAGUGACACUGUAGAUGACAUUGUGCACAGGUUCCCAGACAUCUUCAAAGGAUUUGGAGUUUUACCAUUCACAUACAAGAUCCAGCUCAAAAGUGAUGCACAGCCGGUGGUUCAUGCUCCACAGAGAGUUCCAGCACCCCUGCGUGAUCGCCUAAAGAAAGAACUGGACAGGAUGACCAAGCUUGGAGUUAUCAGGAAGGUUGAGGAACCCACCGAUUGGGUCAACUCUAUGGUAUGUGUUAAAAAGAAAAAUGGUGAACUGAGAGUUUGCAUGGAUCCUAAGGAUUUAAAUGCAAACAUAAAAAGAGAACACUAUCAGAUCCCUAAAUGUGAAGAAAUCACAAGUGAGAUGUCAGGUGCAAACGUCUCUGCUAAGCUAGAUGCCUCACAGGGUUUUUGGCAAUUGAAAUUGGAUGGGGACAGCACAAAAUACUGUACUUUCAACACACCUUUCGGCAGAUACUCUUUGCUGAAGUUACCUUGAACUAGUUAUUCUGCGUAGUAAAACAUUGGACCCCUUUGCAUGGAGGAUCUCAGUAACCUACAGUUCACAGUUCAUCAACUGAUUCAGAUUCAGUUAUGUUAAGUCUGCUAACUGGUGAUGUGGAGCAGAACAGUAAUUGGAUGCCCGAAAAUAUGAAUAACAGUGAGUUUUGGCCUCCUUUAGUAUUCUGGAUGAAAAAGGAAAUAUAUAGAAAUUAUAUGUACAGCUAAACGUGUCCAAGUAUCUUGUAGGUAUGAAAUAAGACCAUGGAAAUCCACACCUGUGAUAGAGAAACUUUGGAUCAAGGGACUUGUUAUGGAACCAACUAGAGCUGAACCUGGUACAGAAUUUGAAUCCUGCUGGGAACGUGCAGAUAUGCUGGACAUGUACUAGACGAUUUCAAAUAUGAAAUGUACUUUGAUAUAAAAAAUGAAAGAACAGGGUUUUUUAAGAGAGAAACAUAGAAGGAUAAAGAGAGUGUAUCCUUGUAUCGCCAGUAGAUGGCUCCCUUGCUCCAUGAAAUAGGUCAGUCUACUCGUUUUUGUCAAGAAAUUAAGUAUUUAACAACCUUGGCGGUUCUAAGACAAUAUAGAAUAAACGAUUAAUUGCUUGUAUAUCUUAUCUUUAGAAAGCAUGACGCUUGAUAAAAAUGCACAAUUUCGGCUAAAAAAAGUGGACGUUAAUCCCACCUAUAAAUUUAUGUUUCCAAAGACAAGAUUUGGAAGGGAUUCUUUGCAACAUAUGAAUCAACAAUUAAAACUUAGCAACCAAGGUCUUAAGGAAAAAACCUGUUUCGGCUGGAUUUUGUAUGAACAAAGGACAGGGUCAAGCUUAGUUCAGUCAUUAUAGCAUAUAGAAGUUGAAUGCAUUUAUACUGGCCUGUAUUUGGAUUUAAAUCUUAGAAGGAAUCACCAAAGAAAUAAAGUGAUAUUAUAAAUUCUAGGAGCGACUGUUAAACUGAAGUACAUCAAUUAAAAAUCCAUCUUAUAAUGCCACAUUUAUAGUUAAAAAAGGUUCAGUGCUAAUUGACACUUUUUAUAGUUUAUAAUGGUCAAAAAAUAGAAAUUAGACACAAAGGUAAUGCAAAUUAAUAAAAUAAAUGAUUAACCUUUUCUAUACAGAAUGAUAUUUGAAACUAAAAAUACCUAUUUGAUUUCAUAGGAUUAAUAAUAUGUUUUAAGUAUUUGGUAUAAUAAGAACACAUAUUAUUUAAACUGACAAGUGUUAUUGCUUGUUCAUGACUUUACUGUAGUGAUAAAAAGAUUAAAAGCCGGAGCAGUAUUCAAUUUAAUUAAUUGGGGAAUUGGUUCAGUUUCUUUCUCCUUCUAUUAAACAAAAAGACCUUUAGACAUUAUAAUAGACAUUAAAUUACAGAAUAUAAAAGGUAUUAUGCUAUGUUUUUAUGUUAGUUUGUAAUAAUAUACAAUAAUGUACCUUGUUAUCAAUCCACUAUACUAUUGUCUAAUGAUGGUAGAUGGAGUCAUUAUAAUGUGGUUCUUUGAAACUGCUGCCUAGCAUUGAAAAAGGGGCCUCUCUCCUUAUCGAGAUGUACGGGCUGUAGAGAAAGGAGGGGUCUUCUCACAUUCCACUUUAGUAAAAAAAAACUGCAAGUAUUAAGGUUUAUGGAAUUAGUGGUUUAACACAGAUAAAAAUAUAUCUUGAAAUAAUAUGCAAAAAUGAUUGCAUAACAGACAUUGAUAAGUCAUAUAUCUAAAAAAGUGCUUGCACAGACUUUGGCCUUGAAAAAACAAGAGAUUGCUUGCAAUAGCAUAUUCUCAGAGUCAGGUACAGGUCAGAGCCUGGUUAGUGCAUCUUUUAAGGGUUAAAUAAUUGUAAUGAAAAUUAUUACCACUUAAACUUAGUGAAACUAAUUGACUUGAAUAUUGUAUAAGGCAAUCUUUUGUCAAAUACUCUGUUAGACAUUAGUAUAUAGAAUCAAAACUGACUUAAUUAAAAACACGAUGAAACACAAUAUGAGGUUAAAAGAAACACAUACCUUUAAUUUAGCAAAAUAUAAUCAAUUAGAGACGAUGUCAUAUAUUAAAAACAUCUCUCAAAUAUAAUACAUAUAAAAAAUAGUGUUUACAAAUAAUCCAGGAUCCUGGGAACCUUGGUUCACUUGACUUUUCAGACAAAGGAGGGGCUCGGAGGAAAACAAGGAAUGAGAUCAUAGGUUUGGAGUUGGACAAAUAUGAAGUCUUGAAUUUAUUGGUAUGACUCCAAUUAAUUCUGAAAAGUUGGCCCGGAUCUUUUAUUUGUAAAAAAGAUAACUGUCUAAACAGAUUAAUGAUUGGAUUUAAUUGAGGCGUCCCAUGUAUCCCAAUGAGACGAAAAACCUAUAUAACUCCUAAGGUGUGGAAGCGACAUCGUGGGAGAAGUACGAGUGGACAAGUACAACGCAGUUAGAAGCAGAAAGGAGGAAUUACAUCUUUAAAUCUGGAGUUGCUUUAAUCAGAAAACAUUGCAGCUUAAAGCCUUGCAGCUGCGUGUAUUUUUCUGAUAACAAGCUGAAACUCGGAGCAGCUGAUUCAAAUCCCGCGGCGUUCUGGGACACGGGGAAGGAGUGGAGCCCGCAGGACAAACACAAACAAAGGCAGCCAGGCUUCCCAGCGACAGCGUGUGGAAGCGACAUCGUGGGAGAAGUACAAGUGGACAAGUACAACGCAGUUAGAAGCAGUUGAAAGCAGGUUGACAGCUGCAGAAGCUAAACUAAACUUCCAAAAAAAUGGUCUUCAAACCAGUAAUCUGUGACAACUGCAUGAUGUGGGAAAUCCGAGAAAACCCAACAGAGCUCAAACAAGUUUGUGUAAAGUGCCGCACGAUCCAGGACUUACUUCAGCGAUUAAGCCUGCUAGAAAAGGAGCUGGAGGAAAUGAGACAGCAACAGGAGCUUGAGGAGCUGACACACCCACAAUUCAUGGAAGUCUGCACCCCUAGUAGAAUGAAAGACACCAGGGAGAUGGAAGAGAGUCGAAACAGCUGGGUUCAGAUAGGCAGAAGCAGGGAAAAAAAGAAACUUCGAAAAACACAACCACCUGAAAUCCAGACAGCCAACAAAUUUGAGCCAUUUCAGCAUUUAGAUGACCAAAACCAACAUCAAGAGAAUGAAAGGAACAACAUCCAGGACCCUAUAAACUGUGCUGGCCAGGCAGCAAAAAGAAGGGAAGUCAUGAUUGUUGGGGACUCCAUAUUGAGAAACACAGCAAGUUCAGUUCGCAGUUUGGACCCCCUUACUACAACAGUGUGCUGCCUUCCAGGAGCCUCAGUCAAGCACAUCACUGAGAAUGUGGACAUGCUCCUAGAACGAACAGGAGGCGACCCGGUAGUAGUCGUCCACAUCGGUACAAACAACAUUGGAAGAGACAGACAAAGAUCCCUGCAAAACAAAUUCAGAGAGCUAGGAAGGAAAUUAAAAGACAAGACCAAAACUGUGGUAUUUUCUGGGAUACUGCCGGCACCCUGCAAAGGACCAUAUGGACAGCUGGAAAUACUAAAUCAAAAUGCAUGGCUGAAAUCGUGGUGCACUCAGGAAGGCUUCACCUUUCUUGAACAUUGGACCACAUUCUACAACAAGGACUAUCUAUACAGGUGGGACGGACUGCACUUAAACAGAAAGGGAACCAAUCUACUCAGAGAAAGGAUCCUUCAGGAGGUCCAGAAGCAUUUAAACUAGAAAGGAAGGGGGGAGAAAACAAAAAAACAGAAGGGAGACCACAUCAAAACAAGGGCAACAACUCAGGUGCAGGGUAUAAAGGACAGGCAGUUAGAUUACUCAGGGCUGCUGUGGAGGAGAAGGAGGCAGGAGAGGUGCUAUGCUUCCUGGAAGUCGUGAGGUGAAGAGUGUGCUGUAUGAAACCUGUGUGGUUUUUGUUUAUUGUGUUUGGCGGGGAAACGGCUUAGCCGUCCUGCGAGUUAGUCAGGGAAUAAUCUGUGUAGUCAGCGCUCCAAAAUCGGAGUUAGGUGUUUAUUUUGUGUUUGUUUUAUUUUGUGUUUAAUUAAAAAGAAUUGCGCAUAAGCGCUGAAAAAUCAGUCUGCUGUGCUGGGUCAAGUUUUUAAAGGGCCAACGAACCCGAGCCGCAAGGCUCAUGUUACAAUAGACACACACAUAUUGCAUAUUAUUUAUAUAUGUAGUUACACAUUUGGCCAACGUGGAAUAACCUGUGAGAGUUUAUGGAAUAUUUCUAGACUAUCAGUCUGCAAAGACAAUUUUUCAGAGUCUGUUUUUGUAAAAUGUAAAAUAAAAAUGCCAGAAUCCUUUGUUCUGAAAACACUUGAAAGAGUUCCCACCUAAUCACUAUCUCUGUGUUACCUCAAAUAAACAAACUGCAAAUUCAAGAACUUUCCAUUCACUUCUGUAGAAUCUCCAUUUGUACUUUUUUUUGUAAAUCUAUCU